AGGUUUUAUUUUUUCUUGUAAUUCGGCCGAUUGGUCACGGUGAAAAUUUGUGGAAAUACAUUUGUGAUCGUACGGACUUGUUGAUUUGAAUUUUAUUCAAUUGUGCUUAGAAAUUUCACAUCUUGCUACUACGUUUUUUCAUUGGAAUUUUGGACCUGUUAGCCGAUAGCUCACGAUGUUCUGAUACCCCUUAGUGUUCUGUUCGAUAGGGAACAGUUGAUACGAAACUAUCUAGGUGGGGAAUAGCCGCUGUUUUUCACAACACAUUUUUCGUGAGGUGCUCCAGUUGUUUCAAUCCACAUCUUCUGAGAUAAAUUCUUUUACAGUUACAGGUGACAAUAUGGUGAUCCCCAAGACCCAAUCACGGAUAUGCCCCCUAGAUUUAGAGGCAUCUGAAGACCUUCUGAAGAUCCACGAUGUAAUAGACAAAAACAGCAAUUUUGUGUUCAACGACGACAACAACAAUAAUAACAACAUCGACGGUCCGAAUAACAUCGGAGACUUUUACAAGGGUACGAACAUUUUUAUCACAGGUGCCACUGGAUUCGUAGGAAAGGCACUGGUAGAGAAGCUACUUAGAAGUUGUGAUGGUAUCGAUAAUAUUUACCUGCUUAUGAGGGAUAAGAGAGGAUUAUGUAUCGAGCAGAGGCUCAAGGAUCUCUUCAAAAAUCCUGUCUUCGAAAAAAUCAGGGACAAAAACCCAGAUGUAUUUCAAAAAGUCAAAGCCAUAAACGGAGAUGUUUCACUUCCUAACUUGGCAUUAUCAGAAAUCGACAGGAUCUUUUUAUGGGACAACAUCGAUGUCGUAUUUCAUUCAGCUGCCACAGUCAAAUUCAAUGAGGAUUUGAAGAACGCCAUGUUAUUGAAUACCUUGGGAACUAAGAGAGUGCUGGACCUUUGUAAAGAGAUGAAGAAGUUGAAGAGUUUUGUUCAUGUGUCUACCGCCUUCAGUAACUCUGAUAAAACGCAUAUCAAAGAAACUGUGUAUAAACCAGCAUUCGAUCUGAACUCCAUAAUGAAUUGUAUGGAUAUUCUUCCAAAGGACAUCGUUGAGAUGUUGUCGAAAAAAUUGCUAGGAAAGCAUCCAAACACCUACACGUUCACGAAGGCACUUGCAGAGUAUCUUGUGUUGGAAUACUCUUCAACGAUACCAGCAGCAGUUGUGAGACCCUCUAUAAUAACAGCUGCUUGGAAGGAACCAAUACCAGGUUGGGUGGAUAAUAUGAGCGGGAUUACAGGGAUUUUCAUGGAAUGUGGAAGAGGAACCAUCAAAAGUAUCAUCUGCGACGAGAAAUACGUCAUGGAUAUUAUCCCCGUAGACGUAGUGGUCAAUACGAUCAUCACAGCCGGAUGGCAUACCCAUGCUUACAAGUCCAAAAUGAUGCGAGUCUACAACUGUGUAACGGGAGGUAGAAACCCAGUUACGUGGAAAAGAUUUGGAGAGUUGACCCACAAAUACGUCCGCGAAUAUCCAAGCAAGUACGUCCAAUGGUAUCCAGGUUUUGAAUACCGCACCAACCGAUUCAUUCACAUCAUUUAUGCCACCCUAUACCAUACGAUACCUGCCGCUCUUUUGGAUGUGUUUCUAUAUUGCACAAGGCAGAAACCAAUAAUGUUGAGAAUAAGCAAUAAAUUCUACCAUGCCCUUGAAGCGGGAAAGUUCUUCUCCACCAACGAAUGGGAUUUCGACACCAACACCUUUGAAAGUCUGGCCAAUGCUGUUAAACACACAGAAGAUGGAAAGGAAUUCAACAUAGAUAUACACCAAAAUACGAGUGACUUCGACUGGGACCAAUAUGUGAAAAACUUCAUGAUUGGCGUGAGACAAUACGUCCUCAAGGAUGAUUUGAGCAGUUUGCCAUCUGCUAAAGCGAAACUCAAUAGAUUAUACUGGUUCCAGAAAGUAUUCCAGUUAAUAUCUGUCUUUGCCUUAGUCAGAAUUGCAACUUCACGCUGAUGCUACCUUUAAAACAGCGAUAUGGAUCAAGAACUAUCGAAUUAUAUGAAUAAAUCUGCAGAUAACCAAGUAUUAUUUGUAAAAAGCAUAUCAUAAAGGUGUCAUAUUAAUGUCCUUUCUUAUAACCUACGGCAGACUUGAUAAUUCACUAAAGAAUACUAUCAGAAAAUAUUGUUAAUUGCAAUGUGCCUUAAAUUUGUGUAAUGUGAUUGAAUGCAAAAGCUAUCGUUAUGUAUUUUAAAUAUCUUAUAAUCUCUACAGUAAGAACUAUGUGUCAAAUAAUUCCAGUUAUUUAUUAUCUUUAUUUUUAUCUUUACUAUGUUAUACACGAUUAAAACAUGUAAUGCGUGUCACUGCUCAAAUGAAAGAAAACGUAUCAAAAAUUGCAAUUCCAAAUUUGGUAUUACAUUGCAUUAUUAUGUUCUCAAAUUGUUUUAUUAUAUAUACUUAAGUAUUAUAUAAAAUGUGAGUACUUUUAUGAAAUAAAAGAAACACAAUGUUUCAAAUGUAUCGAAUAA